ACCCCGCCUCCCGCAGUGACCCCAAACGGAGCGCCAAAACAACUGACACACUACAUAUAACCUCAACAAAGCCACCUUUUAUCUACUGAACUGUGUAACCCAUCCACCCACCGAAUUAAUGUCAGGAAAAAAUGGGCUAGUGUCCAGUUUACAGAGGAUAAUAAGCGCUGAGCAGCGGCUGAGGACGACCGACUCUCCGAGUCCGUUUGAGCAGCUUCGCCUGCAUAUGAAUGAUGUCUUGGGAGAUCAAGGCAUUCUGAAAGAGGUGCUCCAACCUGGAGAUGGCCCUCCUGUUCCGGAAAAUGCUUCAGUGAUAGCCCAUUACUCUGGUUUCCUGGACUAUAAUGAGUGGCCUUUUGAAACCACUAAAAACCUCAAGUACCCCCGGAUGAUGAAGUUAGGAAAAGAUGUGACGCUGGCAGGACUGGAGCUGGGUCUGAUGACCAUGAGGAAGGGAGAGUUUUCUCGAUUUCUCCUCCAGCCUCAGUAUGCGUACGGGGAGAUGGGCUGUCCUCCGCUCGUUCCUGCUGCUGCAGUGAUUCUGUACGAGAUUCAUAUCCUGGACUUUCUCGACUCGGGACAAGUGGAUGACUUCGUUGCAAUGAGCCCGGAGGAGCAGAACACAGUUCCUCUGUCUACACUCCUCGAAGUUGUCAACACAGUACGCAGCUUUGGCAACCGUUGCUUCAAACAGAGCCGCCAUUUCAACGCCAAAGGCCGCUAUAAACAGGGGGCAACGCUGCUGAGGAACAGGGAAACACAGAGCGUUGAAGAGGAGGAGAGGAUCAAGAAAGAACUUAUUCCUCUCUUUCUGAACCUCUCUCUCACUGAGCUCCGACUGGAGAGACCGCAAAAAGCCCUGAAGUACAGCAGCAAAGCCUUGGAGAUAGACUCCGCCAACACAAAGGCUCUUUACCGCUGCGGACAGGCGUAUCUGGAGCUGCACGAAUACGAGAGCGCCCAGGACUGCCUCAUAUCCGCUCAGGCAAAGAAGCCCUUUGACAGUGACAUCAACAACCUGCUGAGGAAAGUGGCAAUUUGCUGUAAAGAAAGCUUGGACAAAGACAAAGACAUGUACUCCAAGAUGUUCAGAAACUUGAAGGGAUCAAGAAUUAAAGAUGAGUAAAAAGAUGUAAAGGACAAGCUUCAAGCAAGUAUUCUCUCCUGUAUUGUGACUCUUAAAGCUAAACCUUUUUGUGUUUGUGUCAUGUUACAAAAGGAAUAAUCAAGGUAAAAUGCCUCCUUUAUUUCCUUUAAAAUAACAAGUUCAAUUCUUCAAAUGUUUGUUGAUUUAUAAUGUAGCCCAAUGUUUUGUUUGAGUAUAUGCCUAAUAUAAUUUGCCUUCACCUCGAUGUGUUAUAUAUGAACGCUGGAAGAACAUUUUCAUGAUCAAUCUUGAGUGGCUGAAUCUGUUUUGUUUUUUGUCUGCUCUGGAGAUGUUUUGAAAUAAAUUUCCUCACUUGUAGAGAGAGUA